AGCCUUGGACAAAAGGUGUCCUUCCAGUCAGUGUCUCAAUCCAGGUGCCGGACACCGACAACACCCAAUUGUCUCGGGUUGCGCCGGUGGUGUGGUUGUGGUUGGUGCUCGUCCAAUUCCACCACCUCCAAGCUCAGCUCAGCUCGCUCACCCGGCAACUCCUCCUCCAUCCGACCUCGGUCAGGAUGCGGACGUCGAGGACAUUGAUGGACGGGCGGGCUUGUAUGGGGUCGGUCGGUCGGUCGGUCGCCGGUCGAGCUGAUGGGUGUCGAAUGCUAUGCCGGGUUCGAAAAGGGCGGGAUGAUGGUUAUGAUGAUGCAAGACUGAACGUGCGAAAGCAUGACACUAUCAGGACGGGGACGGGACACACGCACACACAGGCAAGGCACACGAAGCGGGCAUGGGACGGACGGGCAACGGGUUUUAAUUGUUUCGGCAGGGCACCGGCACCGUACCCAGCCCAUCAUCUCGCGUCGAUUCAAUCACCCGCGGCGGAGUUUUCACUUCUCGCCUGGCGGGCAGGGCAGGGCAGGGGGGGGACGGAAACAUCCAACACAACAAGGCUUCCCGUUCAAUACUAGAGCAACAGACGGACAGAGUGCGACCAAAUCACCUGCCGUCGCGGGUGGGCGACAUGGGUCAAUUCCUGCCCGUGUCCAAUUCGGUAUGGCAGCACGGAUGGGUUACCUUGGCUCUCGACCCAACAAAGGCCGCCCCGUUUAUCCACGACGUGCAGGGAAUCGCAAGCCUGUUGCAGGUGGGCUCCCCCGAAGCUAUCGAGAACAGAGUUGGCCGGGGCACACUGAGAUGCGCACAUUGUGGAUCGACGAGCUGUCGCCUGCUGCAGUCAGCUUGGAACAUAGCUGCAGUAAUCAGGAUCGGGUGCCUUAGCAGCGCGUUUUUAAGUGCGUUCCCAAGUGUGACCCCCCUCGACUACCAUGUAUGGUCGCCGCCAUUACGCGCAUGGAAUAUGUGUGGUUAAGGGUCGAGCCACCAAUGGAGGUCGCG